CCCGGCCCGGCUCUCUAUAAAGGCGGGCCGCACGCACCACCGGCCACAGUCGCUCAGCAUCCGACGCCGACCGCACCUGCUGCAGACAUGAACGCCCUGGUGGUUCUCUCGCUGGCCGUGGCGGCCGCGCUCGCCGAGCCCAGGCCGGGCUACCUGGGCGCCACCACGUACGCAGCGGGGCUCGGCAUCCACGCCGCCCCCCUGACGCUGCCCGCCGCCUCCGUGCUGGCGCCAGCCGUGUCCUCGCAGUUCCACGCGCAGGACGAGCUGGGCCAGUACCACUACGGCUACAGCGGCGGCCCCUCCGCCAAGGAGGAGAUCCGCACCGCCGACGGCUCCGUCGCCGGCGCCUACUCCUACGUGGACGCCCACGGCGUCGUGCAGAGCGCCCACUACGUGUCCGACCCCGUCAACGGCUUCCGCGUCGCCGCCACUAACCUCCCGGUCGGUCCCGCCGCUCCCGCCCCCGCCGUCGUGGCUGCCGCCCCCGCCGUCGCCGUGGCCGCCGCGCCCGCCGUCGUCGCCGACACCCCCGAAGUCGCCGCCGCCAAGGCCGCCCACUUCGACGCCCACCUGGCCGCCAAGGCCGCCGUCCUCGGCCGCAAGAAGCGCAGCCCCGGCUUCCUGAGCGCAGCCGCCCCCGCAGCCGUGCUGUCCACCCCCGCCGCCACCGCCCUCGCCGCCCCCGCCGUGGCCGUCGCUCCCGCCCGCAGCUUCGCCUACUCCGCCGUCGCCGCACACGGUGCGCAGGUGGUCCCCGCCGGUCCCGUGGCCGCCUACGCCGCCGCCGCCCCCGUCGUGGCCGCCGCCCCCGCCGCCGUUGCCUACUCCGCCCACGCGCCUGUCGCCUACUCCGCCCCCGCCGCCGCGGCCGUCCUGCCAGUGGCCGCCUCCAGCCAGUACCGCGUCCAGGACGAACUCGGCCAGUACACCUACGGCUACGCCGACGGAAACUCCGCCAAGACUGAGAGCCGCGCUGCUGACGGCUCCACUGUCGGUGGAUACUCCUACGUAGACGGCCACGGCCUGGUGCAGAGCGUCAAGUACCACGCCGAUGCCUUGGGCUUCAGGGUCGCCGCCACCAACCUUCCCGUCGGACCAGUCGCAGAUAUAAACGCGAUAGUGGAAACCCGCGCGGGAAGCGGCCUUUGCGGCGCGUCUAGGCGCCCUGUUGGCAGGGGUCGGCGACACGACAGGUUGUGGGAGGAGGCUACCGCGCGUUUGCCUAGGAAUGCGAGCACCGCCGCCGCGGUCAGUGUCGCGGGGAGGGAGAAAGGAAGGCCGGCGGCCAGGCCCGACGCAGUAUAUAAGCUGGCAGGGCAGUCGGCGAGGCACAGUCGCCCACCCUCCACUGUCAACAUGCGCGCUCCGGCUCUCCUGUUGGUUGCCCUGUCGUGCGCCGUGGCCGCCGUUUCGGCGGAGCCCGGCUUCCUCGGGGCCGCCGCCCCAGCGGUCGUUGCCGCCGCCCCCGCCGCCCCCGCCGCCGUCCGAGUGACAGUGCCCACGGCCGCCGUCAUCCCGCCGUCCAUCUCGACCCAGUACCACGCCCAGGACGAGCUCGGCGGCUACGCGUACGGCUACAACGGCGGCCCCUCUGCCAAGCAGGAGGUGCGCACGCCCGACGGUGUCGUGGCCGGCGCCUACUCCUACGUGGACGCCAACAACAUCGUGCAGAGCGCCCAGUACGCCUCCGACCCCGUAAACGGCUUCCGCGUGGCCGCCACCAACCUGCCUGUCGGCCCCGCCGCCCCCGCCGUGGUAGCUGCGACCGCGCCCGCGCCCGCGCCCGCGCCCGUCGUCGCUGCUCACGCCGCCCCCGCAGUAGUCGCCGCCGCCCCCGCCGUCGUGGCCGCCGCUCCAGCUCCAGCUGCCGCCGCUGCCGCCGCACACCUCGUGGCCAAGGCGCACCUGCUGGGCCGCAAGAAGAGAGGAAUCUACGGAGCGCCCGUGGCGUACGCCGCCCACGCCCCCGCCGUCGUCGCCGCCCCCGCCGUCGUCGCUGCCUCCCCCGGCUCAACAGUGGUCACAGUGCCCGGUACCAGUGCAUAUUCCUUCAGCACCGCCUCCCUCCACCCGCCGCAGGUGGUACCCGCUAGUCCUCAGACUGCCGUGGCUGCCGCUGUCGCUAUCGACCCUCACCUCGCGGCCAAGGCGCACCUGCUGGGCCGCAGGAAGCGCAGCCCCGGCUAUCUGGGAGCAGCAGGGCUGGUGGCUGCCGCCCCCGUCGCCCAUGCCGCCCCCCUGGCCUACGCCGCCCCAGCUGCGGCCGUCGUGCCGGCCGGCCCCGUCGUCGCCACCGCCCCCGGCUCCACUACCAUCACGAACCCGCCCUUCCGUAGCUUCUCUUACGCGGCCGCCGCCGGCCACCCGGCUCAGGUGGUACCUGCAGGUCCUGCCGUGGCGUACGCUGCCGCCGCGCCGGCCGUCGUUGCCGGCCCGGCUCUGCCCGUUGCCCCGGCUGUGGCAGCCGCCCCCGCUGUGGCCGUCGCCAACGCAGCUGCGGCUGCACACGCCGCUAAUGCAGCUGCAGCUGUGAACGCCGCCAACGCCGCCAACGCCGCCAACGCCGCCGCAGCUGCACGUGCGGCCAACGCAGCUGCAGCUGCGAACGCUGCCAACGCCGUCAACGCCGCCAAUGCAGCUGCAGCUGUGAACGCUGCCAACGCCGCCGCAGCUGCUAACGCCGCCGCAGCUGCCAACGCCGCCGCCGCAGCUGCCGCCCCCGCAGUGGUGGCUGCUCACGCUCCCGCUGUCGUCGCUGCUCACGCCGCGGCUCCCGCCCCCGCCGCCGCCGCUGUCCUUCCAGUGACGGCAUCCAGCCAGUACCGUGUCCAGGACGGACUCGGCCAGUACACCUACGGGUACGCCGACAGUAAUUCUGUGAAGACGGAGAGCCGCGCUGCUGACGGUUCCACUGUCGGUGGCUACUCCUACGUUGACGGGCACGGCCUGGUGCAGAGCGUCAAGUACCACGCCGACACCCUGGGCUUCAGGGUUGCAGCCACCAAUCUGCCAGUAGGACACGCUUAAACCGCCGUUGACGAUUAUCAAUAACUAUGUUACCCCGCUUUAUAAGUUAUAUUAACUUCGAGACGCCAAACAUUGCUCUGUGUAAAUACUUUUCCUUCUGUACUUUUCAAUAAAAACACAUUGAUUGUUUGCUCUCACAGAAAA